AUGACAGAAGCUGCGGUCAAAGUUUAUAAAGACUCUUUGAAAACUAAGGCGGAGACGUUACUGUUGAAAGAUUUUCCAGUAAAAAUUGUUAUGCUGAACGACGUUUUGGGGAAGUUGAAUUUCCAGAAUAUAAAGUUGGGCGAGAUACACCAGGACGUGAACAUUCCGGUGCCGCGUCCUGUGUCGAUGUACGAUGAGCCGCGGGCGAAGCGACGACGGCUGGAGGUGUCGCUCGCGACGGCCAACGUGGAGUGGCCCAAGGUGUACACUUUGCCGAACGGGCCUGCGCCCUGCAACAAGUCUCUCAGCGACAUGAUCCGCACCAUCAAGCCGCACAUCCGGCAGCUGGUGGAGGACUCCAACCUGCUCAAGAUGUGGAUCUCCUACUUGAUACCGAAGAUCGAGGACGGCAACAACUUCGGCGUGUCGAUACAGGGCAGAACGUUGAAGGAGAUACAGGAGUCAGAGACGAAGGCGGAGGAAUUUCUUGAACAGAUUUCGGAUUAUUUCGUGACGCGGGCGAAGAUAGUGUCGAAAGUGGCGAAGUAUCCUCACAUCGAGGACUACCGGCGGGCGGUGCGCGAGCUGGACGAGAAGCAGUACCUCUCGCUGUGGCUGACCAUGUGUGAGGUGCGGAACCGCUACUGCGUGCUGCACGACAUCGUUACCAAGAACCUGGACAAAAUCAAGAGGCCGCGAACUUCUAACACAGACGCUCUAUAUUAG